ACGUUAAAUUUCAAAUGAAAACCGGAGGGAUGACACGUGAAAAAAGGUAGGGAGGGAGACGGCGGCAGGAAGUGACGCAGCGGAAAGAGGAGUGUCCUUUUCCACCAUUAGGUAGCAAAGAUGGGUCGCCGGCCCGCCCGAUGCUACAGAUAUUGUAAGAACAAGCCUUACCCCAAGUCACGAUUCUGUCGGGGUGUGCCUGACCCCAAGAUCAGAAUCUUUGACUUGGGUAGAAAGAAGGCGAGGGUGGAUGAGUUUCCGCUGUGUGGUCACAUGGUGUCUGACGAGUAUGAACAGCUGUCCUCUGAAGCUCUUGAAGCUGCUCGCAUCUGCGCCAACAAGUACAUGGUGAAGACGUGUGGCAAGGAUGGCUUCCACAUCCGUGUCCGCCUGCAUCCCUUCCACGUCAUCCGCAUCAACAAGAUGUUGUCCUGCGCUGGAGCUGAUAGGCUCCAGACUGGAAUGCGUGGUGCUUUUGGGAAGCCCCAGGGCACGGUGGCCCGUGUCCACAUCGGCCAGGUCAUCAUGUCUGUGCGCACCAAGGCCCAGAACAAGGAACACGUCAUCGAAGCUCUGCGCCGAGCUAAGUUCAAGUUCCCUGGCCGGCAGAAGAUCCACAUCUCCAAGAAGUAUGGUUUUACAAAGUUCAACGCUUGUGACUUUGACGAGAUGAUGCAGGAGAAGCGUCUGAUCCCAGAUGGCUGUGGCGUGAAGUACAUCCCAAACCGGGGUCCCCUGGACCGCUGGAGGGCUCUUCAUGCUGAGUAGAUGAUGCUCUGCUACUGGGUAAUCUGACAAGAUUGUGCAGUCAGGCAAUAAAGUGCUGAAUAUGAA